AGACCACGCCCCCUCGCGCUUGGUGGCCCCGCCCCCGUGCCGCAAAAUUAUGGCAGCUUCUGGCAACCCUUCUCAGAAUCAUCAGCCACCCAUAACGGCUUGUAAUGGUAUCCACGGCGACCCGAUCACUUUGAACCCAACCACCUCCAGACAGACGACGGGGUCUGGUGCUGUUGCCACAGCAACGGACUACAGACACCUCAACCAUGCUUCUCCCUCAGAAAGCUCCUCCGAGACUAGCUCCAGUGAUGAAAGCACCUCGAGUGACGAAGAAGCCAUUCUGCGACAGGCCGGUGUGACCUUUGACCUAAAUUCACUCACUUCCGUAGAUGGCCACGCCCCCUUAGAACUAGUAUCACAGUGUGUGUCUUGCCUCCUGAGUGACCAGCAUGCAGCUGCCCACCUUCUUUGUCAAAAGGUACUGGAACUGGAACCUGGGAACAUGACGGUGCAGGAGAUGUACCCACUGCUGCAAGAGAGACUUCGACUGGACAAAGAGCUGCCAACCGAGUCGUCCUCCAGUGAAGAGGAAGAAGAAGAGAAAGAAGGCAGUUCAGGCAGUAGCAGCACUCACUCCAGCGAGGGAGAAGACGAGGCAGUGGGAGAGAAAUCACCCCUCAACGCCCAUAAUUAAUUGUCAUCACUGAUAUUUUGUUGUACCGCGCACGCGCAGUAGUAUUUACGUUUUAUGACGUAAUUCUAAAUAUAUGCGAGUGUAAUUGUCUUUCGAUGCGCCGAAGGAAGGAGCUAGCUGGCUUCUUGGCUUGUUUCUGCUUAGUCGUCGCUUCUUCUGCUGCACGCUAGCUGGAGUGGAACAACUACAGUCAAAAUGUCAGCGGAGGGCAAAGCUACCAUUCCUCACCCAGCCGUCACAAUAUGCAACACCCUGUGGGGCAGUAAUCUCACUUUCUCCCCCUUCUCCGUGGCUGCCGGCUCGACCGGGGAUGCUGCGAAACCAGUCUCUUUUGACAGACUUUUCCCGGAGGAGCAGAGCCUUGUCGAGACGUGUCGGGAGGCAGGGCUGGAGCGAGAGCCUCUGCAACUGUGCUCACUGCUACUGGGCUCCAGUAGCUAUCGUGCGCUGGCUCUGUUGCUAAAGAACGGAGUCCUGUCCGUCUCGCAGCCUCUCUCCCCCCGAGAACAGACCACCCUGCCCCACCUCGCCUGUGCCCUGGGCCUCCCUCCCGUCAUCAACGCCAUUCGAGACACCCUCAACGGAUCCACCAACAGUUCAUUUGUAUGGAGCAUAAAGGACGGCGAAGGCCGUAUACCGGAAGAGGUAUGUUUCAACCCUGAGCUGGUCAAGAAACUUCCUCACAGACCACUGUUUGGUCGAAAGAAGAACAACUCCAGUCUGCCACGCCCCCCAAACGACAGCCACAGGAGAGCCAUAUUCCAACUGGCGAAAGAACCGGAAAACUUCUACAGUCUCAUCGUCGCCCUCAGGAGCUCCCAGUUCAAGGUUGACAGUGAGAGAGAUGAGAAUGCUGAUCUCCUCAUUCAUACUGCAGUACACGGAGGUAUUCCGUCUCUCCCCCUCCUCCUCUCCCUCCUGAACCACUUCAAGGCCGACGUCAACGCCAGAGACGGGAGUGGAGCCACACCCCUCUCUCUUGCCUGCAGACUCGGCCAUUCCAGAGUGGCCGAGGUGCUCGUGUGUGUGGGCGGAGCCGACAUGGGAUCACGGGAAUCGGACCGGGGAACGACGGCACUCCAUUCCGCGGCGCUGGGUGGUCACCCCGACGUGGUGAGGAUGCUGCUGAGGAGGGGUGCGGAUGCAGCUGCCGAGGACGAGCAAGGUUGCGACGCUGGCUUCCUGGCAAAGAGGGCGGGGCAUCACGAGUGUCGGCAGAUACUAGUCCAGCACUCUCGAGGGAGAUUCACUUCCCUCGCUGCACAGACAAUCACAGGUUCUCUAGACGUUGCCAUGGUGAUACGGGCCGACGUCUGUCAGGUGACCGAAGAUGGUUCCACGCUACUCACCCUCGCUGCAAAACAUGGCCACGCCCACCUGCUGAGUCACCUAGUCAAGUUUGAAACCUGCCCUUUGGACUAUCGUCAGAUGAAGUUACCAGACCUCCUGGACACCUCAAUGGAGCUGAGCGCCGGUCUUAGAGGCUUGCCUGAAUCUGGUGAACAUCCGUUCAAAUCAGCUCUCCACUUCGCUGCUCAGGGCGGCUAUCUCCACUGUGUCCAGAUACUUCUCGAUGCCCACUCCCACCCCUCCCUCCCAGACUGCGACGGAUGGCUCCCUCUCCAUCAUGCCUGCGACUCAGAACACGUAGACAUCGUCCGCCUCAUCCUCAACUACCCCUCCACCCUCGUCCUCAGUGGACUCCGCCCCGCAAUGAAUCUCGCCAAGGGACGAUGUAAUAAUGACAUCAUCACCCUUUUGGAGGAAGCAGUGUUGAGACGGCAGAAUGAGAUAGUGACACCGAUGCUCUUUGACGCAGCUGUCUCGGGGAAUGCUGACCUCCUUUUUACCAUCCUCGAGAACGGCGAUGAUGUCAAUCCUCUGAAGGAGGAGAGUUGUGAUUGGCCGUUGCUAUUGGCGGCAGGAUUUGGUUACCUCGAGAUUGUGGAACAUCUCUUCAAGUUUGGAGGUCAUGUGACACAAGCCAAUCCCAAAACCGGAAACACUCCACUGCACGUUGCGGCCAGAGGCGGUCGAGAGAACGUCGUCUCCUAACCUUCUAACGUUCACCAGGCAGGCCGGGACCAGCCGCGGGGGAGAGGGGGAGGGGGAGGGAGGAGAGGAGAGAGGGAGAGACGUAAACUGCAGGAACAAGUCCGGUGCCACUCCACUGGAACUGACCGUGGCUCAGGGUCAAAACAGCAUCGUACAAUUGCUACUGGACUCGGGGGCGAGUUGCUGUCUUCCUGACUCCAACGGUCAGCUCCUCACCUGUGCCGAGUUUGCAGGGAUUCAGUUUAUUCUGGAGACGUACCGAAGAGAGAGGAUUGGGGUCAUCUGCGGUGCUCUUGAGAGAGCCGCUAGUCUGGAGGAGUUUCAGACCAUCUGGCAGGGCCCCUGGGACUACAACCUGCGGGCGGAGUCAGGAGACACAGUUCUGAUGGCCGCCGCCCAACAUGCCCCUCUCGAGGUUGUGAGGUUCCUACUGACCGAGGCUUCCUCGGCCCCGCCCACCGUCCUUGUUGCCGGGGGAAUACCCACCCCAUCUCCUGGGCGGCGAAUGGUCUGUUCACCAGACGAUUCAGAACACGCGAUGUCGGAUGCUCAUCCUUCUCUCACUCCCAGGGCCUCUCGCAAGGACUACGUGGACAGCUGGGAUCCAGAGAGGCCGGCGAGUGUUGUCCCGUUUCAUAUAUCGCCAGGGAGACGCCGACGACGACACACAGGAGUUCGCUCGUAUAACAGGUUUCCAGUCCAGAGGGGCUCAAACCGGGCCCCAUCUCCUCUGAGACUGGGGCCCGGGAGGUCCGGACCGUCCGGGGCCAGCAACGCCAGCUCCGGGGAGGAUGAGGGAGGAAGGGGAGUCCCCGAUGCUGCAGGCAGCGAACCAUCCAUAGCCAGCAACUCGGGGAUUUGUACCACCAUCAUCAGAGCUACAAAUCCCCACGACGGACAGACGGCGGCUCACAGAGCAGCACUGGCAGGGAAACAGGAGAACCUGUCUCUCCUCCUGCACUACGACCCAGAGUGUGUCCUGGCCAAAGACCUCGUUGGAGACACGCCACUACACCUGGCCUGCAGGGUCACUCAGAAGAAAACUUACAGGAAGAUCGUGGAGAUGCUACUCGGAUGCGACAGGGUAGUUGCUAGUGCGAUGAACAAGAAAGGUCAACGGCCAGAAGACGACUGCCCAAACACAAAGACACGAAAAUUGGUACACAAACGACGACAAACGUCAUCACAAAAUGCAGUGAACUACUUAUUUCUCUCCGUUGCAGGUCAUCAAGAAAAGGACUAAAGAAACGUAUGUUUACGACAAUCACGUUCUUCCUUUGUCUAGUUGAUACGUCUAUUUUCUAUCGUUUAUUAGGUUGGAUUUACCGUCUGUACCUGACACAGACCCACGAAAAAACAUGUGUACGGCUGUUUUAUUCUUUCUUUGCUGUCUCUUUAAAAUUUUACUGCCAUCCCUCUCUUCCUCCUCCCUCCAGUUUUGAGCCAGAUAUCAGAGGGUGCUAGCAGUACAACCAGCAAGCCGCUCACUCCCAACGAAUUUGAAGAGAGGCUCAGGAAAAUGAAAGAAGAGCACAUGAACAAAUCGUCCACCUCCGAACACGACACAAGCAACUGACAUCUCUGCCUCUUUUUUUAUACUCCAUCCCUUUAUAUAUACAGUUUUUAGUGACGUGAUUGUCAAUAAAUCUAUCACUUUUUUUAUAUUCCUUAUGCAGCUAUAGCUAAUGUGGCAUUGCAUCAUAAUGCAUUUUUGUCGAUGCGGAAUGUAAGCUCUCGCCUUCCUCAACUUAAGUCUGAGCGGAAGUCGCAGAGGUC